AGACUGCUCAAGCACUGGCCUCUUAGUGUGUCCCGGAGCGAAGCGCGUUCCGUGACGAGUUGGAGCGAGAUGAUGACUCCACUCGCAGCUGGUGCAGUGUCAGGUGCAGCAAAGCAGACCACGCCGGAAGGCAUGGCUCCUGUCACCCGGCCGACGAAGCUCUUUAUUGGAGGCAUCACGCGCAACACCACGACCAAGCAGCUCCGUGAUCAUUUCUCUGCAUAUGGACGUGUGUUGGAUUGUGUUGCGAUGCGUCAGCCAGAUGGACGUCCUCGUGGCUUUGGUUAUGUCACAUUGGACUCGCCACAAGCGGCUGACUUGUGCUUGGCCCAGCCACAGAUCAUUGAUGGCCGCGUUGUGGACAUGAAGCGUGCCGUGCCGGAGGGCGACAUGGACUCAGCUCCAACCACCAGGCUUCACACUCCUGGCAGUGCUCGUGUGCAGCCACCUGGCCUGGUGCAAGGAAAAGAAGCCAAGCCAGCCCAGCCUAGAGCACGUGGCAACGCAUGGCCUCUUCCCACAGGACUCAACACCCUUGCGGCCGUUACACCGCAGGUGUGGACUGGAAUCAGCUCCGCUCCGGACUGUUUGGAACUACUCAGCCGCACAGAGGCUGAGACACCCAGGUGUCAGCAGCCGGACAUUGGCAAAGCAUGUGCUCUUUCUGCCAAUGCCCCUGAGUUCGUUCCGCAGCCGGUCGCGCGCCCGGCGCUGGGUGAGAUCACCAACAUGGUACAUCUUCAAGGUGAGGGGAAGAAGAGCAUCAUGCCACUGAAAGAUGUGAAAGGGAGCUCACAUCGUGACCGUGACCUACAAAUCAACACGGACUCCAUCUAUGAGGAUCUUUCGGACAGCAAUCCCAGCCCACCAGGCCUGGCGAGCCCCUACUAUGAUGCUGACCUGAAGACGGUUUCCUUGGGCGCCUUGCCAUCGCUUGGUUCGUUGGAACACGCGGCUGGAACCUGCAAACGUUGCAACUUCUAUCCAAAAGGGCGCUGCCAGAACGGUCUCUUGCAUGUGCUUUCAGUCAAUAUGUGUUUCUUUCACUUCAACUUUAAACAAGCAGCAAACAGAAGGAUCGGACACUUUGAAACAGAAGAUUGGUUGCAUUGGGACGCAGGACUGAGCUGCAGCUUUUGCCAUCUCUCCCAUGAGCGCCGCAAGUCGAGCCGUGCAGAGAAGCGGGAGCGAGCUGAGAACAUGCCUCAGACCCCGUCCACCGGAACAACAGAUGUGGAGGACUUGGAGGCGAACGGUGCUUUGCCUUUCGGACUUCCAGUUCCCGACUUGAGCUCGCUGGGUCUCCCCUUCGGGAUGCCGGCUCCAGUGGUGCCUCCACCUGGCCUCACGCCCAGCCUUUUGUCCACACAACCCUUGCCUCCAGUUUGGAGGGAUGACGACUUGGAGAAUGCAUGCCAUCCAUUCCCCAAUCCUUUGUCGUUGGCCUCCGCUGCGUGCCUGGCGACCGUCCCGAUGACCGCCAAUGUGCCCCCCUCAAGCCCGAUGACUGUACUCUUGCAAAGCCACUUGGAGGAAGCUGAGCGGAAGGUCAUGGUAACCAUGGCGACGCAGACAGGUGAGGACUCUGAUUCUGAUUGCUUCUGCCGAGAAAAGCUCUUGCAGCACCGUUCUUCGGGCUCCGGCAUGAACAGCCUGGGAUUUCGUACAGAUAAAGUUGGCACUGCAGAUGAGACUCCAGGAGCAGUCUGAGAAGUGAUAGAUGACAUAUGUCU